AUGCCCUCACUCACUCUGUCAGACCCGUCAAUGAUCCUACCAUACGAAGGCGAACGCGAAUCCCAAACCCCCUCCCCACCCCAAAUCGCCUACCUGUCGCAUCUCAAUUCCCGCCAAUCAGACCAAAAUGGCUCCAUGUCAGCACCUGGCCGACAAAAGAAAAAUUUUUCCCGCCAUGCCUGGACACAUGACGACGUGAAUGUCAGUCGCCGUCUCUCGGAUAUCGGCGAGGAGCUGUCGCCCGCUAGAUUGGGAUUCGGCGAUUCGGAUGAACAGCUGGCCAGCUCACCGCUACUGCACGACGACGAUCAGAACAGGGAUAAUGCGGCAUGGAGUAGCUCCAAUUCCACUAUUAGUGCGGGGAGCAGACGCGCUUCCGCUUCUAGGGAUGUGGCGGAGGCGCAUAACGGACGCGAUGAAUCCCCCGUUGACCCCGAGGUCGCGAGAGCGCAAGCUACUGCCGUCGUUGCAACUGCAGGGGGUUCUUCUGUGCCGGCUAGUAAUGCCGUGGCGUCUGCAGCUGCAGAGGGUAAGGGGCCAGGGGAGGAGUUUUCCUCGGCGAUACUGAGUAGCGAGGCGGAGAGGAUUCUGGAGAAUGCGAAGAAACGGUUAAAUCUUAUGGAAAACAAUCUCACUCGAGCUCGGUCGACGACGCGCACGACUGCUUCGCCCUCGCCCUCGAAUUCGGGUUAUAUCCAGCCAAUGGGUAUGCACCAGCCAGUGGGCGGACUGUAUCGGUCGAUUUCGCGCACGGAUCCUAAGAACUCGUCGCUUCGACGACAGUCGCUUAUUGCGUCGCAGGAUACGACGAAUAAUCGCCAUUCGAGAGGACACUCUGAGACGAAUAUUCCGUCUGAUUCGAGCUUCUCAAAUGAUAGUAAGCGCAUCUCGCGCUCGGUCAGUGCCAUGGGCGCAAGCACUUCGUCCAGUCUUCAUACGGAUGAUCGGUCGUUCCCUUAUGCUCCUACGAGGGCGUAUCUGACGCAUCGGUCAUCGGUUUCUUCUGUUCGGCCUCCGAUACAUGUGAAUGACCAGGAGGAACAGGACCAGGCGUCGCAGUCACCUGUUUCCACCGAAGACAGUUCGUCAGACUCGCCGCAUGGCUUGGGAAUUUCCUCGGAUGGAUCGAAAUCCAGCCCGGAUGGUUUCAGUCCAGUCUACAGCUCCUAUGGUCCCCCUAGCCGCGCGCAAUCGCAACUGCAGGUGCGUGAUCUUCAGUAUCAGAUGAAGGGUCUUCACAUCAAGAUCUCUUCUCUCAAGGUGAAGACCCAGGAGGAUAAUCUUCGUCGGCGCAGCUUGCAGAGCUUGCGCACGCCCAGCCCAUUGACGGCCGCUGAUCACUGGUAUGCGAAUGCGCUGGAGCUCAGAGAUGGUCAGAGCAGUCGUGGCUCCAACCCUCGACGUGACACCAGCUCUGAAAACAUCCGGGAGGCCUCGGUCGAUGUAGCGGCGGAAGACCGACGCAGAUCUGAGGAACAUGCUGCUGGAAAUUCAUCCAAACACGCUGGUAAUUGGCAAGGCAAUGAGCCUACUGAUUAUGCCGAUGACCAAUCCGUCGCUGAAACCAUGUACGAAGAUGCCGAAGAAGGUGAUUUCGAUGGAGACAUUGACCGCGAAGCUCUGGAUGAGAUCUUACGUGAACCGCUUGACGAUGACCUCGAGAACGAGAUGGAAGCCUUCCCUGACGUGCCAUUGCACACAGACGCGACACCCCACGAGAUGCGCGAGGAUGCGUUCGACUACGAGCAUUUCAUCUUGCACAGCGCACUGGGCAACUAUACCCAGCAACUCCGUCGGAUGAGCAACAGCUCGAACGGAUCCGUCGCGACAACCCGGCCCACAUACAAAUCGCGACACUCACGUACCAACAGCGACAUGUCCGUCUCGACAGUGGCAACCUUUGCAACCGCCAACGAGGGCGAGCGUCCCGACGACGAGGACGACGUUGACAGUGUGAUGUACUGGGACCGACGGUUCAAUCAUGAGCUGCGACAUGGACAUAGCCAUAGCCAUAGCCGUAACCAUUCCCAAUCUCAUCCUCACGGCCACGCCCACAGUCACAGCUACCAACCAAGUCCCAUCCAAGAGGUUGAGGUUGAGGGUGAUCGUUCUGAAACACCGCGCGGCCCACGAUACGACAGCGGCAACCUCACUCCAGUGGACCCGAACAACCUUUCCCCUCAUAAAAUUACUGGUCGUUCAUCCUCAGCUACGGCCGGUUCGGCAACCCCAACCUCCCUUGUCUCGUCCCUCGUCUCGACCGUGCGUGCGGCAUCCAGCACCCCCACUGUCGGCGGUAUCAACGAUGAUGAUACACAGAUGCUGGAAGCGCUGUUCGGCAGUCUGGGUAAGGUUUGUAUGGAUCUGCAGACGAUCACGACGUCUUCGGAUCCAGAUGUGAAGGCUGCGCGUGUGCUGCGGCGUCGUCUGGAUGCUGCGCGGAGAGUGCUGGAGGGAGAGCUUGAUGCUUGA